ACUCCAAUAUAUCUUCAAUUAAAGAAGCAAACUCGCGGUCUAGGGAAUUGAUUUUGGAUCUAACGCGGACGUUAUUGCGAAUUUACAAGAUUCUAAACCAAUAUUGUGCACUGGGAGUCCAGGAGAGGUCGACUCAAUCACAGUUGAUUAGCAUACACAUGGGCUAAUCUAUCUGUUUUCAUCACAGAUGCUCUAGUGCCGAUGGAUUGUAGACAUUAACUAUAUAUUUCAGUAAGUCAAAAGUGAAAUUGUUAACAGAAAUGAAGCCAUUUGUCUUGGUCGUGCCUUUUGUUUUGUUUGCCUUCAUAACAUGCAAGAAAGAUUCGUCACGUCGAGAACGUAAUCGACAUUCCGGACGCCGCGCGGUACGGGAUGACCGGUUAAAUUCUGGAGUUGGACAAUGCGAGCUGGAGAUAUCUUGUAAAGGCGAAACAGCAGGUAGUACUCCUGUCAAAUUGCCAAUCAAAGGACCAAAAGGGCCACCCGGUCGUCAGGGAGCAAAGGGUGACCCGGGGAAGCCGGGUACGCCCGGCACACCGGGAACACCAGGAUUACCAGGUAAGUCGGUAAAUAAAACAUAUCGCAUGGCAUUCUUUGCUGGCCUAGGCGAAAACAAAGGAAAACUUGAUGAAGAUACUGAUCUUGUUUUCGAUAAAGUUUUCACAAAUGUUGGAGGGGCAUACGAUAAACAAACAGGCAGGGUUACCAUUCCCUUCUCUGGACUGUAUCAUUUUACGGUCGUGAUUGCGGCCCAGGGAAGACAAAAGGCUGCUGCGAUGCUGAUGAACAACGGGACGAUGGUGGAGACGAUUUGGGCGGAGAGUAUACCGUUCUGGGCGACAUCGUCGAACACAGCCAUCUUGAAUCUAACAUCCGGGGACCAGGUCUGGCUCGUGCGUCUAAAGCGUGCGCCAUAUAUCCAUGGCUACAUGUAUUCGUCGUUUUCUGGGUAUUCUUUAUUUGACUUAGAAUAUGAGGGGAGCAACGAAGUAGAUGAGAAAGAUGUGAUAUAAAUCAUGCAAAACGAUUGAGAUAUAAAUGUAGUUUAAUGUAUUUUACUGAAAAAGACAUUUGAAAUUAUGAGCCACUUUUUAAAGGUACAGAUUUUUAUACAUAAUAUACUUCCACACGAUAGGAAAUGCAUUGAAAUUGUCCAUAACUUCUUUCCAGAAACGAAAGAAUAAUUAAGAUUUCAGAGUAUGAGAUUUUUAUGUAUUACACCGAGUACUCAUUUGGAUGUUUUUAUCUGUCACUCUGGAAGCGUAUAUUCCUAGUUUUGGAUGGAAGCAGAUAGUAAAGAAUUUCCUGAAAACAGGGAAAAAAGGCGAGUUGUACAUAGUUUUAGAUUUACUUGAUAUAGUUACAUGUAUUCUGAAAUCUUUGUGAGUGAGUUAGUGUCAGUGAAAACUAUUUGGAACGGACACUGCUUUUGUUUAGAUAUAUUUUAUAUGUUUACUUUUUGUAAAUUAAAUUUUGCGAUUUUUGGUUAGCAUUUUUUGUCUCCGGAGAUAAGUUUAUCCUUUUUUUUCAUAUGCUAGCUGUGUAUUAUACAUUAUAUCUCGUUAGAAAAUUGUUAUUGUUAUUGGACGUUUUAAUAAAAAAAGA